AUGAAAUUUACACCAACUAAAGACCAACAAGAGAAUAGAAAGUCUUCUGCCAGAUCACCACUUUCACCAAUUGUAAUUUCUCCAAAUUGUUCAAUCAGAGGUAGUACUACCACUGCCUCUCCUUCUUCAAGAUUUAGUAAAACCUUCUCCACACCACAACCUGCCAAAAUUACCAAGUUUUCACCAAAGUCUGCCAACAAGGCUUCCACACAAAAGAAGAAGAGAUUGAAUUUUAACAGCCCUUCCGUUAAGAAGCUUUUAGAUAAGAUUGCUAAAAAAUCAGUUGAAGGUGGUGAAACAUCAAAUUUGAAACGUCUCAAAAGAUUAAUCUUUAGAAAGAAAGCAGUACAAGAAAACAAGGAAAACUUUGAAAAUACUGAAUAUACAUUCACGGAAUGUUCAGACGAUGGCAGUUUUUAUUUUGGUACUGAAAAGAGUUCAGAGGGAGAAAUGUCAGAAGAAGAAUUGGAUUUUGCUUUUGGUUUGGAUCAUCAAGAUUUUGGAAUGAUGUCUCCAAAGAGACCUUCUGUUCUUUCCUCAGCUUCUAGAUCCUCUAUUAAUCCAGCAGAAAAGAGAGGUUUUUCACUUCAACACUUAUUCAAGAAGAGAGAAGAAAUCAAAAAAGCAGAAGAAAUCAUUGAAAAGUUUGACAUUUCCAAACAAUUAGAGGACCUAAGUGUUGCUGAUACUAUUCUUGGUCAAUGGGCUAACCUCAACAAGUAG